CUUCACGCAAAUCAGAAGACAACGUGGUCCCCGACUGACUUCUGCAAAUCUGCUGGGAUGGACACAAAUAACAGGCAGAAACUCCUGGUGCUGGUUUUGAUGUCGCUGGCGUCUCAUUUGACCUGUGAAGCUCACAGCGUGUCCGAGUGCUGCCGACAACCAUCUCGCUCCUGUCGCCUCUACGUGUUGCUGUGCCGCUCUGGCACCAAUGCCUUGGGUGGAACCCUCGCCGGAGACGCUGCUGCUGGCAUCCUCACUCUGGGCAAACGGGGAGAGGAAGAUCAUCGCCUGCACAGCCGACUCAACCACCUCCUGCAGGUCUCCAGGAACCAAGCAGCAGGAAUCCUGACUAUGGGGAAGAGGAUGGAGGAGAAGGUGGGAGAGCAGUACAUGGACUGGGUGGCUCGGUCAGGAGCCACCAUCACAACACCCCUUCCUUUGUGACUGCAUGGUGUAUAAAUACUGGGACUUUGUUCAAAUGUAUGUAGGAAAAUACUCCAUUUAUUUUGUGAGUGGUAUAUACAAUGUACAUUUUUGGGGAAAUUUGUUUUCGUCUGUGCCUUAAUAUGGUUUUGUAUGAGGGAUUUGUGUGAUAUUGCAUGUGUACAACAUAAAACAAACAUACAGCUGAAAA